AUGGCAGGCUUCAUCCAAAAAGGCGCAAAGAACAUCCUCCAAAAGAACCCCCACGACGUCGUCUUCCUCUCCGCGCUCCGAACACCUGUCACGCGCGCAAAGAAAGGUGGUCUGAAAGAUGCCUACGACCACGAAAUGCUCGCUGCAGUCCUCAAAGCCACCCUAACCCAGAACCCCAACCUCGAUCCCGCCGCAGUCCAAGACGUUCAAAUCGGGACCGUCCUCGCCGAGCUCGGCGGUCAUAAAGCCGGGCGCAUGGCGAUGAACCACGUCGGCUAUCCCAGCACCACCUCCUUCCAAACCGUAAAUCGAGCAUGCGCUUCAGGCCUAGCAGCUAUAACCGGCGUGGCGCACAGUAUCGCAGUCGGCAGCAUCGACGUCGGCAUCGGCGGAGGCAUGGAAAGCAUGACGCGCAACUACGACACCAGGGCUAUUCCGAGGGUGCUGUGGCCUGCGCUGAAGGAGAGCCCGGUGAAAGAUGCUAGGGACUGUAUCAUGAACAUGGGGAUCACGAGCGAGAACGUGGCGGAGCGGUAUGGGGUCGGUAGGAAAGAGCAAGACGAGUUCGCGGCACGGUCGCAGCAGAAGGCGGCAAAGGCGCAGAAGGAAGGCCUGUUUGAUAAGGAGAUCGUGCCGGUGACGACAAGAUGGAGGCCGAAUCCGGAGGUUCCGGAGAAUGAGGAGGAGAUCACGGUUACGAAGGAUGAUGGCAUUAGGCCUGGUACGACGGUUGAGAAGCUGAGCUCGAUGAAGCCGGCAUUCAAGCCGGAUGGGAGCAGCACGGCGGGGAACAGCUCGCAAGUGUCGGAUGGUGCGGCGGCGGCGCUUAUGAUGAGGAGGAGUACGGCGCAGGCGUUGGGGCUGUCGGGCUCGAUCAUUGGCAAGUGGGCGGGCUCGCAGGUCGUAGGGUGCAAGCCGGAUGAGAUGGGUAUUGGGCCGGCGAUAGCGAUACCGAAACUCCUCGAGUACACUGGUGUGUCGAAAGAAGAGAUUGGUAUCUGGGAGAUCAACGAGGCGUUUGCGAGCCAGGCGAUCUAUUGUAUCAGGGAACUUGGCAUAGAUGAGAGCAAGGUCAACCCGAAGGGCGGUGCGAUAGCCCUGGGCCAUCCACUUGGCUGCACUGGUGGUCGACAGUUGGCAACGCUGUUACCGGAGAUGGAGAGGCAAGGGCAAGAGUUGGGUGUUAUUAGCAUGUGCAUCGGUACAGGCAUGGGCAUGGCGAGCUUGAUUGUUCGGGAAUAA